AUGUGCUGGAGGAUGAGGAUGAGAGCCUAUUGUGGACAGGUGUACCUGGCUAUCCUAACUUGCUGCUUGGUGCCUGCUUCCAGCCAGAUCAGAUACACCGUGCCGGAGGAACUGGAGCACGGGGCUUUUGUAGGGAACAUCGCGGAGGACCUGGGCUUGGACAUCUCCAAGCUGUCAUCUCGGCGCUUCAGGAUCGUGUCUGGAAGCAACAAGCAGCACCUGGAGGUGAACCUGGAGAACGGGAUCUUGUUCGUCAAUGAGAAAAUAGACCGGGAAGAAGUUUGUGAGUUCCAGCCUGUAUGUUCCUUGCACUUGCAGGUGGUGAUGGAGAACCCUCUGGAGCUCUACAGGGUCGAGGUGGAGAUUUUGGAUAUCAAUGACAACGCGCCCAGCUUUCCUUGGCAUGACUAUGUGCUGGAAGUGACUGAGUCGGCGGCGCCUGGUGCCCGCUUUCCUCUAGAGAGCGCCCAGGAUCCCGAUGUUGGUACCAACUCCUUGCGCACCUACAAGCUCAGCCCCAACGGCUUCUUCUCCUUGGAGGUUCAGAGCCGGAGCGAUGGCAGCAAAUUCGCCGAGCUGGUUUUGGAAAGACCUUUAGACAGGGAGCAGCAGAAGACUCAUCGGGUGUUGUUGACUGCUUUGGAUGGGGGGGUUCCUGAGAGAUCUGGCACCGCCAUGGUCAUUAUCAGCGUGCUGGAUGCCAAUGACAACGUGCCCACCUUCGACCAGACCUUUUACAGGGUGAGCUUACAAGAGAACGUACCUAGGGGUACCUUAGUCAUCAAGCUCAAUGCUACCGAUCUGGAUGAAGGCACCAACGGGGAGAUAGAAUACUCCUUUAGUGGCCAUGCUCCUCAAAAGGUGAGGGACCUAUUCAUGGUGGAACCCCGCUCCGGAAAUGUGAGGGUUAAAGGGGUUCUGGACUACGAAAAGUCCAAUCUCUACGAACUGUACAUUCAAGCCAAAGACAGGGGACCGUCAGCCGUGGCCGUUCACUGCCGGGUGCUGGUGAACCUGCUGGACAUGAACGACAAUGCCCCAGAGGUGAUCCUCACCUCGGUGUCCACGCCGGUCAUGGAAGACGCACCGCCAGGAACCGUGAUCGCUGUCAUCAGCGUUAUGGAUCGCGACUCGGGCGACAACGGGGAUGUCAACUGCGACAUCCCCAAAAACGUCCCCUUCCAACUGCACUCUUCCUAUAAGAACUAUUACACUCUGGUGACCACCGAGAUCCUGGACAGGGAGGCUGUGUCCGAGUACAACAUCACCAUCAGCGCCAGGGACUUCGGGUCACCACCUUUGAUGACCAAAAAGAUCAUCAACGUCCAGGUGACGGACAUGAAUGACAACGUCCCUACUUUCCUGCAGCCCUCCUAUACCGUGUAUGUGAUGGAGAAUAACCCCCCGGGGGCUUCCAUCUGUUCUGUGACUGCUGUGGACCCUGAUUCCAAUCAGAACUCUUACCUGUCCUAUUCCAUCAUGGAGGGUCAAAUUCAGGGGAUGCCGGUGUCUACCUAUGUCUCCAUUAACUCGGACAGUGGUAAUAUCUAUGCCCUGCGAUCCUUUGACUAUGAGCAGAUCCGGAACUUUCAGAUAAGGGUGCAGGCACAGGAUGCUGGCUUCCCCCCUCUUAGCAGCAAUGUCACUGUCAAUGUCUUCAUAUUGGACCAAAAUGACAAUGUCCCCGUGAUUGUGUCCCCUUUACCAAAGAAUGGCUCUGUGGCCACCGAUGUGAUCCCCAGAUCUGCCGAUCCAGGCUACCUGGUGGGAAAGGUUUCAGCCAUGGAUGCUGAUUCUGGACAAAACUCACGUCUUUCCUAUCAGAUUCUGCAGGCUACAGACUCUACAUUAUUCAGCAUUGCCUUAUACACGGGGGAGCUGAGGACUAUCCGUUCUCUGGUGGACAAGGAUGCUACCAAGCACCGACUUCUGAUCCAAGUCAGGGACAAUGGCCAGCCUCCUUUAUCCACCUCUGUUUCCAUUGUCCUGACUGUGGUGGACAGCAUCCCCGAGACCCCCUCAGAACUCAACGAUCUCCCUGUAAAUUCAGACCCCUCUUCCACCUCCUCCCUCACCCUCUACUUAAUAGUGUCCCUGGGCUCGGUGUCAUUUACCUUCCUGGUGGCCAUAAUUGUCCUCACAGUCAUUAAAUGUCACAAAAACAGACUGUCCCUGCAGGAUUACAAGUGUUCCCUGCCUACCUGUUGCUGCCUAAGGUCUGGAGCGUCGGGAGACGUCUUCAAGAACUCCAACAUCAACCUGCAGAUCUCCUCUGGCAAUAAAGUCCAAACGAACUGCAUGGAGUCUUCAGGGAGUGGCCCCCAAAACUACUGUUACAAAGUCUGCCUGACGCCAGAGUCGGCCAAAAGCGAUUUUAUGUUUCUAAAGCCAUAUAACUCUACCACCCAGAACAACGAGAAGAUCCCAGAAAAGACAUCCUCGGGGAAAGGAGGGCAGAACCCCCCUGCUGUAAACAAUACAGUCAACGAGAUAAAGCUUCCCAAUACUGACUGGUCACCUCAGAAGACACAGAAACCGGGCCUCAAAAGUUCACAGAGUCUUGAAGAUCUUGGAACUCGAAAAGGUGUGAAAAAAGAUCAUGACAGACUACGUACACUAGUUUCCCCAACUGACAUAAAAAAGACACCUCCGACAUCAAAUGGCGUUUGGAGCCCCAAGUACGGUGCACCAUUCCAACAGCAUGUUCCAUCCCUGGACUAUCAACAUAAUGUAUAUAUUCCGGGGACGCCGACGUUAUUAGCCAACAAAGGUCACUAUAUGGAUCACGAAGAGAAAAACAGUUUUUCCACCUUCGGAAAAAAAAGGAAAAUGACGUCACGUUGUGAUGUACAUGAUGACAUGAUCAUCCAGAAUGAGCUAAAAUGAGCUGGGCUCAAAAAAGACAUCCCAAAGUGUAAACCACAGAGCCAAUGCCAACCAUCUAGAGGAGAACUGGGACCUCAGAGGUUAAUAAACUGUGUCAUUACUAUGCCAAGAACACUGUCUCAACUCACCUACCUGACGUCUGUUUGUGUGCGAUAAUUCUGAAAACACAAAUGGUGACAGGUCCCGAUCUAUAAAGUGCAACGGGACAAGGAGAUCUAAAAUUAAUCUGUAACACUUGAAAUGAAAGUACACUUGGUGAGGUAAUGAAGGCGCAAAAGGAACGUACACAGAGACAAUGAAAAUAAAUGACAGUGAAGCACUGUGUUGGGUAAAUGGACAGGAUGCAAUUUCAUUUGGUAAAACAGAUUCAAUGUGGGUGCGAAUGAAAGUCGCCUGUGUGUAAAAAGCAAUUUUCUCUAUCUGCAGUCAAGCGAAAGACUUCCUUGAGGACUGGAGAGUGAAUGAGAGGACAUCCUUUCUGAAAUGUCAUUUUGAGUUCCAGCCUUUGGCAAUUUCCAUUUAGUGACAGUUCUGUCUUUCAUUGUUAAUAUGUGAAUGUACUCAGUGAAUAUAUACAUUUUUUUUUGUUGAGCUAGCGUGCGUGUUUCUGCAGAGCAAAUGAAGGGUGUGCGUAUAUGUCCAAAUUAUAUUUACAUAUAGUCAAUGUUCAACUAAACACGUUCAUUGUGGCUUCACAUGCAACACAAUCACCAAACAAGUGUAAAUAAAUGUAUAUGCUAUUUUUCAAAUAACACUUGUAUUAAAGAAAACUACACUCGCUGUGAUGUUUAAAGUUACUAUGUUAAACAUAUGGAAAGCUUUUUCUUUCUGUUUCUAGAUGUACGCAAGAGUUGCAGACAGAGAUGAACAAACUUAAAAAUAUGCUGUUUGUGGAUCUCUGAGAUAUGCGUCAAAUCCUGAUCCAGCAUGAUAAGGUUACUUGUCUCUUCCCGUUACAAUAUGGAGAUAAUACGAGGUGGAAUUAGAGUGAUUGAGCAGGAAUCUGUUUCAUCUGACAUUCUAUUUUCUAAUUAAAUGCAUAAAAAGCCAGUAGUGUAACUUGACAGUUAAAGGGUCAGUCCACUAAAAAGUGAUAU